AUGGCCUCGUCACGUCGAUCGAGCAAUGGCCGAUCACCGCUAGUGAAUCAACAGCGUCAAAUCACCUCUUUCUACUCCAAGACGACAUUAUCUUCUCCUUCCCCAUUGCCAUCCCCUGUUCUCUCCAAACAAGCUUCUAAACCUAACCCAAGCCCUAGCACUAGCUCCAGCCCCACUACUCCUUCACCUCUCCAAACCAAACGCAAGAAGCCCCUCUUAGUGAUCAGCCCAUCUCCACCAUCACCGUCAAGUCCUGCUUCCGACACGGCCAAGAAAUGGUAUGGAAAAGAGGUCGUGGACAAAAGAAUUAGGGUUUAUUGGCCGUUGGAUAAAACAUGGUACGAAGGUUUUGUUAAAUCUUUUGAUAAAAUUUCUGGGAAGCAUCUGGUUCAGUAUGAUGAUGCUGAGGAGGAGCUACUUGAUCUCGGGGAGGAAAAAGUUGAGUGGGUUGGGGAACCGGUGAACAAGUUUCGACGAUUGCGUCGCCUUUCCAUGGUUGAAGACGAUGUUGACAAAGAAGAGGAAAAGAGAAGUGUGGAGGAUGUGGAAAGUGGUGGUGGUGAUUCUGCGGACGAAGAUUGGGAAAAGAAUGCAGAAAAAGAGGAGGUUGAGGACGUCUCAGAGGAUAUGGAUUUGGAGGAUGAGGAAGAGGAUAAUGAAGUGGAAGGUGGGAAGAAAAUGGCCGCGUCAAGAAAGCGAAAGGUGAUUGGAGGAGCGAAUUUAGGUUCUAGAAAGAAAAGCAAGAGUGUUGGAGAUGUUAAAAAGAGUACGUCUAAGGUUUCUUUGCAUAUCAAUGGAGGAAAACCGAGGGAGGCUACUAAUAACAUUGAUU